UAUUUGUAGUGGUCCUCGUGAAUGUUCACUCUGUAUUUCUUGUAUUCAGUUGGGAUGACUGUGAAUUAACAAAGAAGCCUUGAUGCAGAAUAAAAAGGACAUGGCGCGGAAUAGACCACAUAAUAUGAAGAGAGCAUAUGUGCUCUAUCUGGGUCUCAUAAUAUUUCACUUCAAAUCAAUCCAAUCAGCUCCCCUCUCCUCCUACUUGGUAUCUUCAUUUACACCUUCCGAUCCUGACUCCAACCUACCGUUCAACCACAUCGCCAUCAACAACAUCACUGGCGACAUCUAUAUAGGAGCACGAGAGAGGCUCUACCAACUCGACUCUAACCUGGCUCUAAAAGAGACUGUGGACACUGGAAAGUGCUAUUAUCCGAAUAGAGAUUAUAUUAAUGAUAACAAACUAUUAGUGGUGGUGAUAACACCUCAGCAUUAUAAGCUGAUUUCAUGCGGUGGCCGUGGCAGUGAUUGCCAGCAAAAGGACUUGGCUAAUAUAUCCGUUGAUCUGGGAUAUUUACGUAAUACUGAAUAUGUUGUUGCAACAGGAGACCUACCAACUGUGGGAGUCGUGGCUCCUGGUGCCGAUUAUGAAUGGAAUGGAAUGGGUAAUCUAGAUGAAUCAUUUUAUCUAUUUACUGGAAUCAGUGGUAGAGGAGGCCAUACAGAGAUCACUUUCAUAUCAAAGCAUAGUCUUUCAGACCUGCAAUCACAUCAAAAUAUACCUGGCCACGUCAUGCGUAUCCAAAAUGAGAACUAUUUUAAACAUCUUACUUCCUACAAUGAUUACAUUUAUUAUUUCAUAUCAAGAAGUGAGAAAACUUAUCUCGGACGUAUUUGUCGUAGUUCAAGCGACGAAAACUUUGAAUCUUACACGGAAAUAGAGUUGCAGUGUGGACAUAAUGGGUCUCAAAAUGGAAAUGUCAUUCAGUCAGUUUACAUUGGACCAGCAGGAUCCCAGUUAGCUGAAUCGAUGAAUAUCAACACCACGGAUGACUUAUUGUACGCGGUAUUCUCAUCUUCACCUUCGUCUUCUCUUUGUGUGUAUAAGAUGAUCGAUGUCCAGCAGGGCUUUGAAGAUGCUAUCUUAGGUUGCAUUCUAGGAAAGGGCACUGGCACUGAGAAUAGCUUCAUAUCUGGAAGUAAAUGUGAAAAGUAUCCCGCUACGAAUUACACACCACCGGAAUGGUACCCGUGUAGAGCUACAUUUGAAGACGGGUAUGUACUGUACAGUUAUGUCAGUGCAACGAAUCCCCUAUCUGCCUCACCCACCACUACUAUCCCUAAUAAUGUGAUUUCAACCUCAAUUGUGACCACCAUAGAAAGACACCACACAGUGGCAUUCGUAGGAAAUACAGAAGGAAGCCUACAUAAGAUUAACAUAGUGAACACUUCUUUCGGGUACGUGUAUGAAGACAUCUUUCUUGGAGGUGGUUCUGUCUUACAGGAGAUGUUCCUUGAUGAAUUAAAAGAGCAACUUACACUUGCUACAAGCUCAGACCGACACUCGACGCAGAAUCGGGUUGUUACAGUCGAUAUAGUCAACUGUGGACAGUACCAGACCUGCGAGGAGUGCAUUGGUGAGGAUGGUGGAAAUGAUGGAGAUCCUUACUGUGGAUGGUGUACUCUAGAGGCAAGGUGUACCCGAUACAAAGAAUGUCCUUCUCCCGAUGAAUCUACCCGGUGGCUGUCUUACAAUGCCAUCCAAUGUGUAUCCAUCUCAGAUGUCCAGCCUGAUCAUAGACUACCAUAUCAAAUUACACAAGAGAUCACCAUUACUGUACAGCAGCUUCCAACCCUCAAAGACAACCACCAAUACCAGUGUGCCUUCGACUCUUACCUGGUCAAUGCUGUUACAACGUCCGACACAGUAGUUUGUACAAUCCCUCCUGUGGACGAAUUGCCUACAAUCCCUGUAGAAGAUGACCAUAAGAAUUUGACUCUCUCCGUGUUCUCAACGGAGACCACAGUUUACUUCAUAAGCACGGAUUUUAUCCUGUUUGACUGCACCUAUCAUAAAUCUUGUUCAUUUUGUGUCUCAAGUGCAUGGCCAUGUGACUGGUGUGUUUAUGACAACAUGUGUACGCAUAAGAGCAGCUCAUGCCAAGACGGUGAAACAGUGGUGAUUGGAGAAAAUAAUCCCAUAGGUUCUGGAGACAAAGGACAGAUUUACUGUCCUCAGCUCGUUGGUACAUCAGAAACCUUCUUCAUACCAGUGAAUAUUCCUUCAAGUUUCUCACUAGUGACAAGAAAUAUUCCUACAGAUCGAACAAAGAUCCAGUCAUUCGAUUGCAUUCUUCUUAUUGAUGGAGAUGAGACACGAGUAGAAACCACAAUCGUCAAUGAAAGUUAUGUUCUGUGUGGGGCUAAAGAGUACAUGUAUGAUGACGACAUCCUUCAGAACAAUGUAAGCGUCUCCGUUCAAUGGAAUGACCAGCACUAUAUAGAUGACCCUAAUGAUGCAUAUGUGACUCUGUACAAGUGUUCAGCCAACGAUGGAAGCUGCAGCCGGUGUCUAUCUCCGGAAGCAACACCUUCGUUCCUAAACUGCGGUUGGUGUGGGAAUGACUGUAAUGUCAUUGAGAGUGAUGUUUGUCAGAACAAUCGAUUUGUCAAUCAGAAUGAGACCAAUCUUUGUUCAGCACCAGUAAUAACUGACUUUUAUCCCAUAUCAGGUCCAAUUAAUGGCAAUACAAGAUUGGAAAUCAUCGGAACCGACCUAGGAGUGGCAUUUAAUGAUGUACUAAAUGUUACAAUAGGAGACUUGGCGUGUAGCCUAGCUGACAUGGAUUCCUACUAUCAACCAGGGCAGAGUGUAAGUUGCCUAACUGGGUUAUCUCACGCGGUAACAUCAGGACACAUCGCGAUUAAGAUAUGGUCUGGUAGUGAGACUAGGACCGGAAACAGUAUUGAAAAGUUCCACUAUAGGGAUCCCAUGAUCUCAGGGUUUAGCCCUAAUGAGGGACAGGCAGCGGGAGGAACCCGAAUCACAAUUACAGGAAUGUACCUCAACACAGGAAGAAUCAUCGAAGCUAGAUUUGGAGAAGCACAUUGCAAUGAUUUGACCGUUCGUGAUAUGAGAGCGACCUGCAUUACAAGCAGUAUAACAAUUAAUGAAGAGACUUCAUUGAUAUUCAUCAUGUCGUUUGAUGGAGUGGAAAGAAUGUUUAGUGAAUACAGCUUCACUUACAAGUUAAACCCAGUAAUUAUUGAUAUUGACAGAUCCGAAGCAAUUAUGUCAGGAGGUCUUAAUAUUGAAAUAACAGGAGAACGUUUUGAUCUGGUCCAAAUCCCCAGGAUCAUUGUUACGUCACCAACAACUAGCGCAUUUGAGCUUUGCAACGGAACAGACACUCUGCUGAUAUGCCCAUCGCCAAAAUUUCCUGACGAUGUCGCCUCUACCGUAAGGAAAAGAGCACCUGACGUAAUCACGUUUGUCGCAAAUCUGACAUUUGACUUCGAUGGUUACAUAAUCAAUGGCGGCUUGAUAGAAUACUACCCAGACCCAAUUUAUGAAAGCUUCGGUGGACCAAACAGACUCUAUGAAAGCAGUAACGGACGGCUCGAAAUAACAGGAUUUAAUUUAGAUCUGGGAAGUAGAAAGGAUGAUAUUCAGAUUCUACUUGGACCAAGCAGUGUAUGUGAUGUGGAUUACCUUAAAACCGAUGUUGUUGGAUGCCAGCUACCCGAAGAGAGACCCCUCGCAGGUGAUGAGAAUGGAACACGCAGUGAAGGAACCACGAGGAACUUACCAGCAGUGACGGUGCUACACGGAAACCUAAAGUUCUAUCCGGGAUUUGUUUCAGCGUGGCCUACGGAAGGAAACCCGUUGAUAGCUACCGUAAUACCCACUGUUAUUGUAUUGCUCAUCUUCAUCACCAUACCUACAAUUAUUCUAGCCUGUUGGUAUAGGAAGAAACGGCUUGAAGUGAAACGUGCCAAGGAAGAAGUAGCCAUGGUUCGAAUGAACAUCCUGAAAAGAGUUCGCGAAGUCUCUAGUACAAGUUUAGAUAUGACGGAUGCUGAUAACAGAGUUCAGUCUCAAGGAGUUCGUUUUGUGGGGAAUGUCCAGUAUGUGACACUGAUGAUGUUUGCCGGGCUAGGUGUUCACCCAGAAACAUCAGAUCCAGAGUACAUGGAAGACUUUAUGGAGCAUUCAGUUAUCGUACUCUACCGAAUGCUAAAAAAGAAGGAGAAAAUGAUAGAGUUCGUCAGGCAAUUGGAAACGAAGAAAACGGGACAAGGUCGAGAAAGGGAAUUAAUUGCAUCCCUGUUAGCAAUCACGUUCGUCAGUGAAUGGAAUUCAAUUGUCUUUACAGAAACUGAAUCGGUCACCGAGAAACUGAUCAGCAAUUGGUUUUCAAUCUGCAUGUUCGAGUACCUAAAGGUAUAUGGACUCUAUUCAUUAUUCAUGCUGUACCAAGCAAUAAAGACCCAAGCUGAGAAAGGUCCUAUAGAUGCUGUGACAGGGGUUGCGUACUACACGCUGGAGGCUGAUAAACUCAUAGAUGAAGAGAUCGACUUUCAUUCUCUUAACAUCGAUGUUGUUGAUGAAGACGGCCAUACCUAUGUUCGAGUAAACGUUUUGAAUGUUGAUACCGUGAAGCAAGCCAAACAGAAGAUCCUAGAUUGCCUUUGGAUGAAGGGUUUCUGCCUGCUACCGAGGGAUGUUGAUGCAGUUGACCUUGUUUGGAUCGAAUCUCCUGAAAGCUAUACUUUGCUUCAGGAUGUUGACGACAUGUCUGAGACACAGAGCAAGGUCAUGUUCAAUACAAUGAAGAGCUACGGGAUUAGGAACGGAUCUCGUGUUGCACUGGUAGGUAAGAACCAGCUACCGAAAGCACCUGUCAAUGGCUACCAAGCUCUUGAUGUCAAAGAAUUAUCUUCGAACACAUAUGAAUCCUUGAUACCUGUAUCAGAUGAGAUGAAUCUUACAUCAGGACCAUCUCAACUGACUUUGAAUGCUGUCCAUUUGAAGAUUGAUGCUGAAGGGCCAACAAGGAAAGCAGUCAACCUGCCUGAUAACAUUAAAAGAAAGAGAGCAGAGCUUGAUCGGAAUCUUGCUAUCCCACACAUGCUUAAAAUGAAAGCAUCAAUAGGUCCAUACGUAGAUGGAGUCUUUGAGGUUAUGUUCAAGAAACCAUCCAGGAUCCCUCUACCUGUAAAGCAUCUCUUUGACACGUUUGAUGACCUUGCCGUCAAGUACACCGAUGGGAAAUCGUCCAAGGAAUGCGCGCAAAAUUGGAAAAUGAAUUGUUUGUCUCGCUUCUGGUGCCAAGUACUUACCAACCUACAAUCUUUGUUUGAUAUGCCAAGAUCAGAAACAGCUGAUCGAUGUGUCAUCGCUGUUGCUGAAGCCAUUGCAGAUGCAGCUAGGACUGCCACGCUGUCACAGAGUGAAUCAAACCAUCUACCCUACUACAAUGAACAUCCGCUACAGCGACAGAUGAUGUCUGACUACUGCUCCCUGAUAUCAAGCCAACCAAAGGUCAAGUCAAGACUCAAGUUAACAAGAGCCUGUUCAUCCAUCACAAAGGAGUUCAAAGGUCAUUUCAGUCAUCUUUCGAAUUUGCUGCACCUUUACAACCUCACCAAGGAUGACGUAGAGGGCCUCUUGAAUUAAAGUGCAUGAAAAGACCUUAAUUUCAUCCUUCAAGUACUAUCAUUAAGGCGCCAAUCAAAUUAACAUCCGCGAUCGGCACCACUAUGUGGAUGUUGGUAAUGGGAGGAUCUUAAGAAAUAGUUGUAUUAUAACUAGGACGACCCAAUCAUACCUUUUCCAAGUUCAAGCUUUUCGUGGUCUUAGUAACCAAAAUUUUAUUUCACUACUUGACAAAUAAAAUAACCCUUAUAGGCCAUACGAUUUAGAUUAAUACAUACCGUUAACAACAAGUGUGUAUUCUUCCAGUUUCUGCCUUGGGAUUAACAAUGAAAUUCAUUUGUUCUUUCUACUAAUGUCAUCAAGCAUCUAAGUAUUGGGAACUUCUCCCUGGCGUGACAUUAUUUAGGAAUAGGGGGUAGCUUAAAGAAUUACAAGAUAAAAGAUUCAUUUUGUCUAAUAAUUGUUAAAUAACUUGUACCAAACAAGAAUUUUCAUAGUAUUUAGUCAUGCCAUUUGUUGUUUGACCAGUGUAAAAUGUGAUUGUGUACAUGUAGAUGUAAAUGUAGAUGUAUGCCUGAAAUUUCCAUCUGUUUAUGUCUAGAAUUUGUAUUAUCCAUUUGCAUUUUAUGAUGCUUGUAUUUUGUAUUGUUUUAUGUUAUACAGGGCCCCCGCCGGCCCAAGUACAACAGUAUUUGACUACUGAUAGGGUGGUAAACUGCCAAUUCGUCUACUGCCAACUCGUCCUCUCAUCACAUAGUCUAAUUUCAUUUAGUCUAUAACCAUUCCGUGCAUAAAAAUUUCGUCUAAAAACCAUUUGGUCCAAUAAUAAUUUUAGUCCAAUAAUCACUUCGUCCAAUCACCAUAUUGUCUAUGACCAUUUCGUCUAGUAACCAGUUGGUCUAAUAACCCAUUUCCUUUGCAUUCAUGUCACCCAAGUAACACCAAGUCCAUUCAAACCAAAUGUUAUAUGGGCUACGUGGCUAUUGGACCAGCUGUUUAUUAGACGAAAUGACAAUUAGACCAUGUGCAUAGUGAACGAACUAAUGGUAGCCCAAAUGAUAGUAGAUGAGUUGGUAAUUGGACGAAUUGACAUCAGACCAAUUCGAAAUAAACCGAUAAGGAUACCUUGUUCAAAUGAUACGUAAAAGAUAAAUAAAUAAAUGAAUGAAUAACUAAAUAAUAAAAUUGUGGAAUCUCAUAAACUCUGCAAAUUAUCAACUUGUAUAAACAGCUACUUACUUAAGAGUACAUUAAAAACGAUAUAAUAAUAAUGGGGAUGAUGAUAAUAAUAAUG